AUGAGAUCUGCAACCAAAUUAAUUAAAAACGUAAACAUCAAUAGAUGUGUUCAAUCAAAUGUUGUUAGAUCAACUAGUAGAUUAAUUAAUAAUAACAGUAUCAACACUGUUAGACAAUUUACUUCAUCAUCAUCCUCAUCAUUCACUUCAUUAUUCAACAAUAAUAAUGUGAAUAAUACAAAUAUUAAAUAUCAACGUUUUUACUCAUCUGCAAAUGAUGUAGUUAUUAAAGUACCAUCAAUGGGUGACUCUAUUUCUGAAGGUACAAUCGUUGCUUGGACAAAGAAUGUUGGUGAUAGUGUUAGAGUUGAUGAAGUUGUUUGUAGUAUUGAAACAGAUAAAGUUACAAUUGAUAUUAAUGCACCAGUUUCAGGUACAAUUGUAGAAUUAUUUGCCAAAGAAGGGGAAAAUGUUACAGUAGGUAAUGAUCUUUACAAAAUUGCCAAAGGUGAAGUUGCAGCAGCACCAAAAGUUGAAGCACCAAAAGCAGCAGAAGCACCAAAAGCAGCAGCACCAACACCAGCACCAAAAGCAGCUGAAACACCAAAAGCAGCACCAGCACCAAAAUCUGAAGCACCAACCCCAGCACCAAAAUCAACUACCACCACCACCUCAACAGGACCAUCAGAAACACGUGUUAAAAUGACACGUAUUCGUCAAAGAACAGCACAAAGAUUAAAGGAUUCACAAAAUACAGCAGCAAUGUUAACAACAUUCAACGAAUUAGAUAUGUCAGCUCUCAUGAACAUGAGAAAGACCUACAAAGAUGAAUUUGAAAAGAAACAUGGUGUUAAAUUUGGUUUCAUGAGUGCAUUUGUAAAGGCAUCAACCAUCGCCCUCAAAGAACAACCAAUCGUCAAUGCCUCAGUCGAAGAGAAUGAUAUCGUCUAUCACAAUAACGUUAAUAUCAAUGUUGCAGUCUCAGCACCAAGAGGUUUAGUUGUCCCAGUCAUUCGUAACUGUGAAAACUUGUCAUUUGCUGACAUUGAAAAGGAGAUUGGUCGUCUCUCUGGUCUCGCUCGUAAUGAUGCUUUAGCCAUCGAAGAUAGUAUCGGUGGUACUUUCACAAUUUCAAAUGGUGGAGUUUUCGGUUCAAUGUUUGGUACCCCAAUCAUUAAUCCACCACAAUCUGCCAUCCUUGGUAUGCACGCCAUCAAAGAUAGACCAUACGUUGUCAAUGGUCAAGUUGUAGUUAGACCAAUCAUGUAUUUAGCUCUUACCUAUGAUCACAGAAUUAUCGAUGGUAGAGAAGCCGUAACUUUCUUAAAGAAAAUUAAAGAUGUUCUCGAAAAUCCAGAAAGAAUUUUAUUAGAAUUAUAA